GACACAUCUAAACUGGAUUCUGACUGAUGUUCCUUUAGUAAAACAAACGGCAACAUACAGUUUCAGCAAUGGACAUAGAAAAGAUGGAAUUGCAAAAAAGAGAAAUUGAUCAGAAUGUCAUCAAAAGACCGAAACUACUGAAGGCCGCUGUAAUAGGCUUGGCGGUCUUUGUUAUUGUGGCUGCAACCACCCUAGUAGCUGUCUACAUAGGUGGGAAGAUGACAAAGGAUACAUAUCAGGAAGCAUGGGAAACUGUCCAAGACCUCGAAGGCCGUUAUAUGGAGGAGAGAAUGAACAAGAGCAAAGACAUGACGGAGAUAGACGUUCCCAACACAGUCCAGAUCAUCUACGACUACAAAAACAAUUUAGCCGUAUUCAGAUACACCUAUUCAGAGUCGAAAAUUCGAGAUCGGUGCUACGCACGCGCGAUCGACUCUGAAUUCGAUCCCAAGCAACUUGGAUACGAUACUGAAUCAGAGGGGCAAAAUCCUAAUGAGUUUAUCAGUACUACUCGGAAAUGGAAGUUCACAGAGAGGGAAGUGCCGUCAUUUAUGACGUCAUCAUCACGUGUUCAAGACAUGUGCGGCGGCACACAAAUCUAUUGGAUGGAAGUGAUGGACGAUACGCAGAUAGAAAAACGUGAUGCUCACACUCGAGAACUAAUACUUAUACUGCCCGUAAGCUUAAUUGGUAUCCCCUGCAACAUAUUCGUCUACUUAGAGAGGAAUUCGUUAGGAAUUCCUGUGGGUAUUACGUUUUCGACACCCGACUGUACACCAUUGACAACAACAACAUCGGCCACAACGACUGCCACAAGUACCACAACAGCUUCCACUCCAACCACCCCCACCUCAUCGGCGACAACUACUGUAACCAGUACAACGACAGCUUCCACUACAUCAAUGACGACCACUACACCGACAACUUCCAUGUCCACUACAACAACAACCAUUCCGACGACAACGCCAUGUUGAUUUACGUAGAUGAGAACGUGUUGCUUUUCGCGUGCAUUAUACAUUCUCUUACUCCAAAAGGUUUAAGCUUAUACCAUUAACUUUAACGCUUGAUUAAAAUAGCAGUGUAUAGUACUAUAAUCAAGCCUUUGCAAAAGUGUUUUUUUAUUUGCAAGUGUUUGAGAUAAGGCAUAGUACCUUUGAUUUGAUGCGUUUUGAUUUGCAAUCAGUAAGUUUAAACGCGAGCCAUUUGGUAGGGCCUUAAAAAGGUUGACAUAACGUUAUUUGACAUCUCUUCCUCGAUUUUUAAACGGAACCAAAGAGCAUCUUAUUUUUUUGGAAAACAAUGGCAAUAUAAUUGCGAUAAGAGUUUGGUACAUACUAUAUGUUUGCUCUUAAUCUCUCUUGUUUAUGUAUUUACCUAACUUUGUGCACACAUGUACAUCUUUUGUAGAUCAUUUAAUAUCGUUAUUAGAAAAAUUAUUUACGUUACAUAUGGCUUGUAAACAAAUGUCUAUAUAAAAUAUUCAGCCUGCUACCAAAUGUUCAUUAUUUUACCAGAAACAAAAACAUUCGUGACACAAAGACCAAGAAACGUCCUUUUUGUAAUCGUGGUGGAACUUUGUCUUAUCUGUUUGAGUUAGAUCUAUGUUAUGUAUGUUUUUAUAUUUCCCGCAUGUUUGUUUACUUAUUCGCUGUCUACCACACAACACACUCUUUUCCCUGCUUUGCGCAGUCUUUGAAACCAUAAAACUACGAAACUAUCCUCAUCUGGUUUACUAGAUUAGACCAUGAUACAAACUUCACUUUUUGAUAAAUGUCCAACAAUUUUAUUAAGACGACAGAGCGCUUUAAAUAUUUUGUCAGUAAAUUGCAAUGUCAACUUUGUAUUAUACUGGACAAUACUAUUUGUAUUCAUCCUAAUAUUACAUCAUAAUGAAGAGCAUAUUUAUAAAAUGUUUAUCUUCCUUCAUUUGGUAUUUGCGUUUCCUCUGAUUUUGAUGUACUUUUUGACUUAUCAAAAACAACUUCAACUGCCAUAAAAUGUACAUAAGCUACAAGGGAAAUACCGCACAAAAGUCGGUAGAACUUUUGUCAUAUAAUGGUACUCUAUAUACAUUUUAUAUGUAUUUAUGGUACUUGUUUAUGUACUGCAUUAUGAACAAAAAUUAUUACAAAUACAUACAUAUAUUUAUACGAAAUAAACCUAAAUAAAUGCUUUCCAUGUGUAUGCAAAUAACAAAUCACAACAAUGAAUACAGUGUAUACAAUAAAAUUAGUCGCUACACA